UUGUAAUAUUUUGCAGAGACGUCAUUCUGCAGUUAAGAAUUGUAAAAGUGUUGGAUGUGCAGCAAUUAGGUGCAUUGUCAAGCUACCAGUUUGGAGCAGAAUUUCGACGAUUUUCUCUGGAAAGAUCCAAACCUGGAAAGUUUGAGGAAUUUUAUGGAUUAUUGCAGCAUGUGCACAAGAUACCAAAUGUGGAUGUUCUAGUGGGAUAUACAGACAUUCAUGGAGACCUGCUGCCUAUCAAUAAUGAUGACAAUUAUCAUAAAGCAGUUUCCACAGCCAAUCCUCUACUCAGGAUUUUCAUUCAGAGAAAAGAAGAUGCAGACUACAGUGCCUUUGGUACGGAUACUAUGACAAGGAAGAAAAAUGUCUUAUCAAACGUGUUACGUCCGGAUAAUCACAAGAAGAAACCACACAUUGUCAUUAGCAUGCCGCAAGACUUCAGACCAGUAUCUUCUAUUAUAGAUGUAGAUAUUCUCCCAGAAACCCAUCGUAGGGUGCGACUUUACAAAUACGGAACCGACAAACCCCUUGGAUUCUAUAUACGCGAUGGCUCCAGUGUCAGAGUAACACCACAUGGAUUAGAGAAGGUUCCGGGGAUUUUCAUAUCUAGGCUUGUCCCUGGAGGUCUGGCUCAAAGCACAGGCUUACUGGCUGUCAAUGAUGAAGUACUGGAGGUGAAUGGAAUAGAGGUUUCAGGAAAAAGCCUCGAUCAGGUCACAGACAUGAUGAUUGCAAACAGCCGCAACCUGAUCAUUACGGUAAGACCAGCCAACCAGAGAAAUAAUGUUGUGAGGAACAGUCGGACUUCGGGCAGCUCCGGUCAGUCGACUGAAUCUAGCCUUCCAAGUAGCACACCGAAUAUUUUAUCAAAUUUCUUGCAAGGGGAGGAGGAGAGCGAUGAGGAGGACAUUAUUAUUGAAGACAGUGGUGAGCCACAGCAGAUUCCGAAAGCCACGCCUGCCAGUGGAAGCCUAGAAUCACUGACACAAAUUGAACUCCUUCAUGAGUCGACACAGAAUGGAUUCCUUCCUUCCAGUGAGAUGAACUUGAACCAUUCCGCAGGCAGCAUUAGCAUGGAAUAUGAAGUACAAGAGCCGGAUCAUAAGUCAUUAGAAGAAGAUGGAACUAUAAUAACACUUUGAAAUGACACUGGUGUACUUCCUGUUAAGUAAGGAUGCCAUAUGUGUUUUACCUUGGUUUAAUAUGGAAUACAUUUGAUACCUCUCCAUCUACCAAGCACUGCGGUUCGAUUAAAAGGAAGGAAAGAGUAAAUACAAGAAGUUCAUAAUUAUGUAAGUUGACUAACUUCAGUUAAUUCUUCACUUCACUGUAAAUACUUCACAAAGAUGGAAGACAAUUGAUAAAUGUCU